AUGACUUCCAGUUCACGUUCUGCAAGAAGCCCAUCUGCUUCGCCUCGCAUCUUUUCUGAGGUCCCGACGCCCGACAGCGAGGCGGAUGGCUUGGAUACAUUGACGCCCGUCCGGGACGGCGAGGAGUAUGUCCUGGUCACUGGCGGCCUCGGAUUCAUCGGCAGCCACACCUGUCUGGAGCUGCUGAAAGCGGGAUACAAUGUGCUCAUCGUCGACGACCUGAGCAACAGCUACCGUCAUGUCUUCUCCCGGAUCCUGCUGGCCGCAAAACUGCACUGUGACCGGACGGACGGCCACUGUCCCAAGGCGACGCUGUACGACGUCGACUACCGCGACACGUCCGCCAUGCGGAAGCUCCUCGACGCCUAUCAGCGGGACCCAUCGACACGGCAAUCGAGGAUCAUCGGAGUCAUCCACUUCGCCGCCUUCAAGCAGGUCGAAGAGAGCAUCCACACCCCUCUGAAGUACUACCGCAACAACAUCAACGGGCUCGUCGACCUCCUCGUCCUGCUCGACCAGUACCGCAUCACCACCUUCAUCUUCUCCUCGUCCGCCAACGUCUACGGCACACUCGCCGAGCACCGGCCCCUCCUCCACGAAGACGCAUGCACCCACCAGCCAGACCCCGGCCAGCGAUUCGGUGCGUUUCACCCCGCGGAGAUCCACAACUCCCAGAUCACCAACCCCUACGGCCGCACCAAACUCUUCGGCGAAGCCAUCCUCGCGGACCUGGCGCGCGCGAACCCCGCCUGGACCAUUGUCGCCCUACGCUACUUCAACCCCAUCGGCUGCGACGCGUCGGGCCUCCUCGGCGAAGACCCCAAGGUCCACCCCUCGAACCUCGUCCCCGCCCUCGUGGAGAUCCUCACUGGUCGACGAACCGAGCUCCUCAUCUACGGCAGUGACUGGGAGACGCCGGACGGCACCCCGGUCCGGGAUUUCAUCCACGUCACGGAUGUCGCGCGGGGCCAUACGGCGGCGUUGGCUGCGGCGCGGGACGGCCGCGUGCGGGAUGGGUUUCGCACCUUCAAUCUCGGGACGGGGCGGGGGCAUUCGGUGCUGGAGCUGGUGCAGACGCUGGAAACGGUGUCCGGGCGCACGAUUCCGAGACGGGUGGUGGGGAGGCGAGCGGGGGAUAUUGGGUCGUGUGUGGCCAGUGCGGAGCGGGCGGCGGCAGAGUUGGGGUGGACGACGGCGAAGUCGUUGACCAAUGCCUGUGAGGAUUUGUGGGGCUAUCUGCAGGAGUAA